GUGAUUGAAGGAGCGGCGUUGCUUUCCCCCGUUGCCUACGAGAACACAGGAAGCCGUGGUUUCCUCUGCUGUCUCUGGUAGCCGGGCUGGGCUGGGACCCUGGAGACGUUGCCAAAGAAGCACAUGCGAAGGGGCGGCUGGCCUCUGUUUACAACAUGCCUUCCUGCAUCCCGGGGGAAAUCAGCCCGCAGCGACAUGCAGACCAAGGAGCUCACCGAAAUCUCCAUCCUCACCUCGCCGCCAUCCAAGGCGGACAUCGCUUGGCAGCCCCCCUCGGAGAACCUGCGCAAACUGAAGAAAAGGAAGCAGCUGGUGGACCAGAAGAAGAAGCUGUCGGCUUGGACCCUGUUCCUGGCGCUGUUGGGAAUUCUGCUCAUGGUCGUCCACACGGAACUCCUGUGGUUCGGAAACUGCCAGUGGUUUGUCUAUCUGUUUUUGCUCAAAUGCAGCAUCAGUUUAUCCACGACCGUCCUGAUUGUCCUCAUCAUCACCUAUCACAUCAAGGAGAUUCAGCUCUUCAUGUGCGAUAAUUCCUUGGUGGAUUGGCGCAUCGCAGUCAACGCUAAGAAGUUUGCCUGGAUCCUCCUGGAGAUUGUCAUAUGUGCCGUUCACCCCUUUCCCUCAGAACGUCAAUGCGAUGAUCCCGAUCAGAUUGAGAUGACGGACAAUAAUACCGUGGCCUUCCUCUCCCACGCGGACAUUUUGUUGUCGAUUCUCAUGUUCCUGCGCGUGUAUCUGCUCCCCAGGACAGUGCUUCUCCACAGCCGGGUGCUGGUGGACGCCUCUUACAGAAGCAUCGGUUCCCUCAACAAGAUCAAAUUCCAGUAUCAGUUUGUGAUGAAGAUCUUGAUGAAUACCUGCCCGGGUCGUGUCCUCCUCAUCCUAACCAUUUCCUUGUGGAUCGUUUCGUCCUGGGUCCUGUCUGUAUGUGAAAGGGAAAACAUUAACCACUCUUUUUCUCUGACCAAAGCCAUGUGGCUCAUACCUAUCACCUUCCUGACCAUCGGAUACGGGGAUCUGGUACCAUACACUGUGUGUGGCAAGAUGGUGUGUCUGUGGACUGGAGUGAUGGGGGUCGGCUGUACGGCUUUGAUAGUCGCUGUAGCCGCUCAGAAGCUGGAGUUUACCAAGGCUGAGAAGCACGUGCAUAACUUCAUGAUGGAUAUACAUUACAUGAAACAGAUCAAAUGCGCAGCCGCUAAUGUCUUGGGUGAGGCUUGGCUUCUGCAUAGACACAUGAAAAGAGGGGAAAGUGCCAAAAUCCGACAGCACCAGAGAAGACUUCUUGAAGCCAUACACAUAUUCCGACGUCGACGAAUAAGACAUAAAAAUCUAAAAGAUCAAGUGAACGCCAUGGUGGAUAUUUCCAAGAUGCAGAUGAUACUGUGCGAUCUGGACUCCAACCUCAGCUCCUCGCACCAAGACUUGGAAAAAAGGAUCGACCAGUUGGACAAAAAGUUGGAUGACAUCAGUAGACUAAUAAUGAAGGCCAUAGAGACUCCACAGCUAUCACAGUGAACCAUGGAUUAAGAGAUGGAAGAUGUCCACCACCUUGGGGUUAUCAGCUUCUAUUUUAAUGACCCUUCACUGUUAGCUGCUAAGACAUUUUGUAGGAGCCUCUGCUCCUACUACACCACUACCGACGUCCUUUAUUUUGGAGAUAACGAGGCUUUGAUUUAGUCCAGUGUCAUUAGAUAAUCACCGUGUCUGGAUAAUUCGUCAGAUACUGAUCGAGAUGAUGUACAGCUAGCGUCUUGAGUUCAACAAAGAGCAGAGAGGUCACGUUCUUAGUAAUGUAAGGAAAACAGGAGAUCCGUGAUGCAAACAAUGUUUGUCAUUGGAAAUGGCGAUCAAUGGACGCCAGGGCAUUGUACAGAUGGCCGAGAGGAUAAGGUACCAUGCCGGCUUAGGCUUGUUGAGUUACGAGCCCUCUUUUUGAAACAAGGUUGCCGAGAGCACAAGCCGAGAAUGUUCGAUUUACAAAGAUUCCUGAAGACGGCACCGACAGUGUUUGUAAUAGAUCAGACCUGAGCUUGGCGAGUAUAUACUUAUAAAAGCAAUAAUCAAGGUGGGAUAAUAGGUAUUUUUUAUAAAAUUGUAUAAAUCUAUGCAAAAUUAUUUUUAUUUUUUUCCAAAGUGAAAAUACUAAACUUUUUUUUUUUACGGGCUGCUUGGAAUAUCUCAGAGUUUGGCUCAUUUUAAAGAGAAACUCCGAGGAGAUUUGUAAUUAAUAUCUCUAAAAGUGAUGACUCAGGUGAUCGAGACGGACCAUCUUAAAGAUUGCAUUGCUGCUCGCGAAUUUAGACCUCCUUUGUAACCUGUAAAUGUCUAAUAAUGGGGCUUAUUCACUAAAGAAAGCACUUGUUGGAGAGUUAUGGUUUCAGCUCCUGAACAUCAACGUAGAUCAUGAAGGUCCAACUCUAGCGAGCUUCUGGCAUAGGAAUAGCUUCUCUGCUCCUGUAUAAUGUAUAGUUAUAUCAGUGAGAUUCCUGUAAAGUCUCCUCACCCAUAAAUUUAUACAUUAUACAGGGCCAGCUCAGAUCUUCUUGCUAGAAAAACCUGCCAGUGUUGGCCCUUCGUAGUGAAUAUCGAACUAAUGGACCACAGCUCUCCUGGAAACUCUCCGUUUAGUGAAUGAACCCUAAUGGCUUUCCCCCCCAAAACGAAGCAUUUUUUUUAAACAGCAAAGGAGGAUGAAUCCAUAAAAUUCCAGCUGGAAUGUUUAAAAAUGAUUCCUCCUCGUUACGUUCCCCUCUUCCCUUCGAAAUAAGCUGAUUCUGGCACCUUGGCAAAGAGAUGACAGAUCUCAGGUUUACUUUUACUUUAAAGUUUUACUUUAAAUGUUGGUUAAACUUCUCAAGUGGUGUCCAUCCUCGUCUAUAAUUUGUGUGAGAUUUCCCUUUGAAGGUGAAUCCGAGGCAAACAUUCCUUUAAUAUUAAUAAUGCCAUGGUGUGGCUGGACGGUUGUAGUAUCGGUGCCAAUUUCCGCCACUCCACUUUUGGUUUUUACUUUGGAUUGUUUGGUUUCUUAGGGAUAAUAGUUUACAAGUCAGCGAUUCCAAUUCAUGUGCCUUAUUACUGCUACAAUAAAGAGCUUUUGUAAACAAU